AUGGGAUGGUGGAGAAGAAGGGUCUUGUGGGCCUGGCUGCUUUUGGCCACAGCAGGAGCAGAAUACCCGAAUUCCAGGCAAGAUGAGACCUGCCUGGCGCAGAUGGCAACAGGCAGGCGCCUGAGGGGGAACCCAAUACGUUUCGUGUCGCUCAUCGGCACGGAAGGUUCCGGGCAUCAUCUUCUGACUCCGGUCAUCCGCAAGAUCAUGGCUGCAGCUCUGGCACCUGGGCAGGAUGACAUCGGUACCGACCAUGACAUCCACUACGGGUUCACCGGAGCUGGAGAGCUGUUUCACGCCUUCAAGGGCAACAACCUGCCGGCCUUUCAGGAUGCCCUUCGCCAGCAAGCGCGCGGAUCUUUGGUUCAGCAGGAGUACAGUUUUCCCACGGGCGAUCUCCGAUCGGUGGACCACAAAAUCUACAAUCUGACCGACCUUUAUCAGAUGUUGGAGACGUCGGGCGAGAGCCACCUCACGGAGCUUGAGAAGAUGCAGGUGCCCGUGCUGCGGAUUGGCAUGGACCUCAUGCACGCGAACUGCCACAAGUUCGUCGUCGAGGUUCUGCGCUUCCUCGGCCGGGCGCAGUUGCUGCCGUCCGGCUCGCCUUACGAGAAGGAGGACAGCGACGAGACACAAGACCUGACCGAUGCGGCCUGCGCAGUUGGGGAUGAGGUCGAGGCAAGCCGAGACCAAGCUGGCGACAUCCAGGCCGUUCAAACGGAUCCGGAAGAGCAUGUCAGCGACACAGACGGAGAUGACGACGACGACGAUGACGAUGACGACCGUUGA